AUGAGCCUAUCACCGCUCGACUCCUCCCCGCCGGCGGCGGCGGAGGUGCCCCUCGCCCCGGGCUUCCGCUUCCACCCCACCGACGAGGAGCUCGUCUCCUACUACCUCCGCCGCCGCGUCCUCGGCCGCCGCCUCCGCGUCGACGCCAUCGCCGAGGUCGAUCUCUACCGCCUCGAGCCCUGGGACCUGCCCUCCCUCUCCCGCAUCCGCAGCCGCGACGCCCAGUGGUACUUCUUCGCCCGCCUCGACCGCAAGGUCUCCGGCGCCGGCGCCGGGGGCCGGGGCGGCCCCGGCAACAGGACCAACCGCGCCACGUCGAGGGGGUACUGGAAGACCACGGGCAAGGACCGCGAGGUGCACCACCGCGGCAAGCCCGUCGGGAUGAAGAAGACGCUCGUCUUCCACGCCGGGAGGGCGCCUAAGGGCGACAGGACCAACUGGGUCAUGCACGAGUACCGCCUCCUCGACGCAGACGGGCCUCAGGAUCUGCAUGUGGUCUGUAGAAUCUUCCAGAAGCAUGGAUCUGGACCACAGAACGGUGCGCAGUAUGGUGCACCAUACAUGGAAGAGGAGUGGGAAGAGGAUGAUGAUGCUAUUGAGAAUGGUCCUACCAGUGGCGCAUCUGCUCAAAUGGCUACAAUCACAUGUGCUGUAGAUGAGGAGUCAAAUGAGGACGAUGAGAAUGCAUAUUGUGAAACAAACAGACCUGCUCGAGUAGAACCAUCUCAUCUGCCUUUGGUCCAUGAAAUGCUCAAUCCACCAGAGAUGGCUCCUCUACAAGGUCAGGAUUCUAAAGAGACGAGUGAUGGAAGCUGUGCUGAUGGUGCUAUUUCUCUGGAAGAGAUUUUGCAGGAACCUUUGUCGAAUAUUAGCGUGGAGAAUAUAGAUAGACUUGAAGGGCAGAAUGCCACUGAUGAUAGCAUCAAUGUUGAUGACUUGUUAUCAGCAUACCCCAGGAAAGAUAAUGGCUAUGUAGGCCAGGAUAACACUAUGAAUGGGAGUGGUCCAGCAGAUGGUGAUCACACAAGCUGGCCUUUGAGAGCAUAUAGUAAUCAGAACUAUGUCAAUGGCCCUCUUGCCGAUGAGUUCUUUGACACAGGGAAUGAUACCAAUGGGAUUGCAUAUUCUGGGCACCAGCAAGCUGAUGGCUUUCCAGCACCUCGCCAAGUGGAUGACAGUAUGGUAUUUUAUGAUGCUCCAUCUGAUUACAACUUGGUGGAUGGAAAUGAUGGCUUCGUAUAUCUGAAUGACCUCCUCAACGAGCCACUUGGAAAUGAAUCACUCUUUGAUGGAGAUAAUGUGAUGGCUUACUUUGAUGCCACAGAGAAUGAUUUCAAUUAUGACAUUUUGGGCUCUGCUCAGGGUUCGAAUUAUCAACUUGCAGACAUGCCGCUGAACUUUGCCCAAAAGAGUGAUAACAAAGACAAGUUUACAUUCGAUGGGAUCUCUGAGGUUCCGGAAGCAAAUGCUCAGUACGGUGCAUCCUCAUCUGGUUCCCAUACAGAUACUGAAUUUCCAGGUGUGCCAACAGAUGACACUGCUGAUAAAACUUAUGGAAAGCGCCUUGCCAGCAUGUUGGGCUCUAUCCCAGCUCCACCUGCAAUGGCCUCAGAAUUCCCGCCAUCAACAGGGAAAUCUGUUGGGGUGCUCUCGGCUAUCAGCUCGAGCUCAAUUCGUGUUACUGCUGGCAUCAUCCAACUUGAUGGCCUCACUUUCAGCAGUGGCUCCGAUCGGUGGCCCUUGCAGAAGAAUGGAGACUUGAGUUUGCUUGUGUCUUUCGCCGUGGAGAGCGACGUGUCAUCCAAGCUUCCUGUUGGUCUCGAGGAUGCUACUCGGAUUAGCACCGUCCCCAUGGUGCUGCGAAGUGGCUUUUACCUUUUCUUUAUGUCGGCCAUGAUUCUCUUGUUGAGCUACAAAGUAGGGUCGUGUAUCUACAGCAGCGGUUGUCAAUGUGGGAGGAGUACCUUGAAGCCCACGUGUCGCUUAUCAUUCUCAUCAUCAUGCGCGCAGCAGGAUACCAUGUUGCGCGAGUGGGUAAAGAAGCAGGCGGCAAAAGAUGCAGCAGCGGGGUGCACGUGCGGCAAGAAGGACGCUGCACUCUCCGCAGCCGAGGCUAACAGGGUGGUCCUCCGCGUCGAACCCGCCGACGACAUGACACUAGCCAUCGCCAAGAUCCCCGACGGCAACACCAAACGUUACGUCACCGUGGUCCGCGAGAAGGUGUUCCUGAGCAGGAGCAAGCCGUUGUUCGUCACCUUCGCCUCCAGCCACCCCAAGGUCCCUGCCGUCAUCGCCUGGAACGACACCGCCGCCACCCUGGGCAAGGACGGCAAGCCCCUGGGAGCACAGGGAAGCAGCAGCGUGACUAUCGAGUCGGACUUCUUCAUUGCCAGCGGCGUCGUGUUCAGGAACGACGCGCCGCGGCUGGAGGAGGAGAAGCGGAAUCCUCAAGGGAAAGAUCAGCGAGCUGAGUACCGGCAACAUGGCGCCAGCGCUGCGGGUGGUAGAGGAUCCAAGGCGACCUUCUACAAAUGCACCAUCGAGGGCGGGCAGGGCGCCCUAUAUGACCACAAGCGACCGUGCACUACUUUAAGUCAGUUCACAAUCAACGGCACCAUCGACUUCAUCUUGGGUAAUGCAAGGUCCUUUUACGAGGACUGCAACAUUGUCUCCACGUUGGGUGGAUACCUCGACCUGCCGGUGGCAAAGCCGCCGUUGACGUUGCCGGCUGAUGGCGGCGGUUUCUCUUUCAAGACAUGCACCAUCGCGGGGGACAGUUUUGUCUACCUGGGAAGGGGAGUUGACGCCGUUCUUCUAUACAUCAUUCAAGAACUACGGCGGUCAGCAAAGUGUGAGGAAAAACAGUGCGAUUCAGCGGGUACUAGCAAACCGGGAGAAUCCCAUUCAAAUGUAUACAUGAUGGAAGUGACAAGGCAAUUCCUGCAUCAGAGAAAGGAAAACCCUGCCCAGAACCAGAUGAGGUCACUGAAGGGCUGA